GGGUUUUUAAUACCUUUGAGCAAAGAUGAUUUAACUCCGGCCCCCAGGCCCCACUCGACCUUCCACGGAGGGCGCAUCCUCACAUCGGCCACCACCAGAGGGACGCCUCGCAGAACUGUAGACGAUGCAAAGGUCAUUAACGAUGAUAUAGAAGAUAUAAAGUCUAUGGAAUCGGCAGCGAAUAACAAUCAUGCUAACUGGGAGGAAAUUAUGAUGAGAAGAGCUGCCAAUGAAGACGUCUUAGAGUACCCCGGUAGCGAUAAAAAAUUUCCAUCAAACUUUAAGUUGAAAUCACUUUUAACGCAAGCCAUCAAGCGAGGACGAGACAUUGCGGCUUCUCAGAAAGCACCUGGUACGGGUAAGAUAUAGUUGAUGAUUAUUAAGAAACUGGAAAAACAACUUCUUUCAAUGCGAGUUAAAGUAGAUAAAUCUUUCCUAACGCUCAUUGUGACUAUUGUUUGGGUGGGAGAGAGAUAUAAAGUGAAUUAUCUGUGCUAUUGCAGCAGCAAAGGAAUUUUGCGAGAACAACAGAAAUUGUAAGGAAACAUGACGUUCCACCUAUGGGCUCUUAUCUUUAGACUGAAGUUAAAUUAUCUUUUAGAAAUGAUCCAGUAACUUAAAAGUUCUUUCUACAGUGAUGAAAUGACUUCGGGUCUCAGCUCAAAUAGCGAUCAGAUAAACAGAGAAAACCACAUCAGGAUCAUGCUUUACUUCAAUUUUGUGCGUGUUUUGCUGUCAAAGUUGGCGCAUGCGUGUUUGCAUCAGAACGCGGGUCAGGUUCUAAUAUCAAAGUCAAUGCAAAAGAUUUCUUGUUUUCGAGGCUGAUAAUGGUUUUAUCUGUAACCGCUCUUGCUUUGCUUAUGUUGAUACGGGCGAGAUCCUAUCAAUAUUUGGUAAGAACAGGGAAGUCGACUUCAAUGCAAAUGAAGGUGCACUAGAAUGUUCAUUGCAAGAUUUUUUUUAAGGGGGGGGGGGGAAGGAAGUGGGGAUAGGAAGGAAUAAGAUCCUAGAUCGAAUGGACAGAGGAAGUAUGCUAUUCCUAUUUUCACAAUGAAUACAAUUUUAUGAAGAGGUGGGGAUUCAACUGAGAAGUGAAAAGCAUAGUUAAUGCUGGAUUUGGUUCAUCAAUCUGUAUUCUACGGGGACACUUAAUGUCGAUUUCACCGGUAUCCGUUGCUCUGCUACUCAAAGAUGACGCGGGCAAAUCAUAGGGCAAGCUUGAUUUCUGAGAAAUGACCUCAAUCUUGACAUUGACCCAGAUUAGACUUAGCAGUCUGAUCUCACUUUAAGUACAGGUUCUUCUCAACCUGAUAUUAGAUAUUGGUUGUCUAAGUUCAAUCUUGAAAAAGUCUUAAAUUUCUCGUUUAAAUAACAAGAUAAUCCCAAAGACGACACCCCAGGGGAAACCAGAAAGAAAUCUUCCGUUCGAGAUGAAAAGGAAUCACACUUACCUGAUCAUCAUCCCAGGACAAACGGUAACGGACUCGAACCGCGUGGCACAUCUACCUUACAAGAAACGAAGAGAAAUAUCGAGCCCACAAAUAUGGCGUCUGCUGAACCCCGGUGGAGGUUGGCUGUGGAUUAUGAAAGCGAGCCUCACCAUGAAGAUAAAAAACGAAGAAGAAAAUAUAGGAGGAAAGGAAGACUGGAAUCGCAAUCUCAGACUAAAAAUCCAGCGGAUGAUGGGUCCUCGAUGGCUGUUGUAGGACUUAUAGGAGGGAUGUUUCUGUUUAUGGCGAUUGGGGCUGUGUUUUAUCGCGUCUGGUAAGCAAUAUUUUCAUCUUUCAUCAGUUGGACCACAUCUUAGUUAAACAUCAUACAUAAAAAACGAAAUAGCUUAAAUAUUACUUUAAGUUAGUCAGCCCAGACUUGUGGCUGGUUUACGGAAACUCUGUUCGUGGACUGGAAUAUUCAUUCCAGUUUGUUCGCUAGUGACUUUUGAAAGUGACUGUCAGUAAAACUUUUACAGGAGAAGUUUUAGGAAGGGAAUUAGACGAGAUCGAGGCAGUCUCGAACAAGGUAUGUCAUCAGACUCGAAGUGGAACAUCAAGCACGACAGGAAUGAAAGAAAAUCUAAAGGAUGGAACGAGGAGGAAGAUGAGGAAGAUGAGGAAGGUGAACCGAAUGUUAGUCUUAAAUGAAAAAGCCUAAAACUUCAGGAUUAUAAAGAAAGUGAGAAAGACAGCGUAUAAACAAACAGCAAACGGAAAAAAAAUCACCCUAUUUGCAUUAGAUGUGGACAAGAUAAUUUCAUUUUUUUACCAUAGGGUUUGUUCGCAGAUAGGAAAACGAGUACAACCAACACUCAUUUUUUACCGUAAAAUCCGACUUUACUCGUCAUGUCGGGAAUCUUUUAUCAGACAAUUCAAAGAAAAUAGGUGAAAAUUUCUUGAUCACAGCCUAUGAGUAUGUGUUUUCUUUGGUGUACAAACAGCUGAAAUCAGAGUGGUAAAGUCAAGUGUAGCGAAGCGAUAAGUGAUAUGAAGUAAAAGCACAACCAAGCACAUCUGAGAAAGUCUCCCAUCUAAAUUAAAUAAUAUUAACGUAGACUUUGCUCAGUGUAUAACUCCUUAUUCUUGCUACAGAUCGCCCAGGUAAAAGGGUACGAUUAAAUUUGGAAGUUUCCCAACAUCCGCCGCUAAAAGGUAUACUUAAAGGUAAGAAAAAAAAAAAAAAAAAAAGAAAUAAAGCAAAGCUCGAUAAAUUCAAUUUUGGAUCUAAAAAAAACUUUAGCAAUAACUCUUUGUUUAAUUGUAAUGUCCACUUUUACUACAGGUACUCGCAGCCGAGUCGAGCAAUUAAAUGCGGAGCCCUCCGAUUCUUCGCAGCCGACCUCGUUAUCAUCCCUGUCUGCUCCAUCACUGUGUUCUUCCAUCGGUACGCCGCACUCCACCCCAACAAGUGGCUGUUCUGUGGAAUAUAUAACCCUCCUCGACUCUCAUAAGGAUUUUAAACUGAAGCCUUGGAUGCUGCAAUCCUCUGGAUCUUCCUCAUCAAGUGAUGCGAAGAUUACAGCUGAAACAGAACGAGACCUGGCGGCUCCGCCUCAAUCGUCCACCAUUUCAGGUAAAAUAAUCUGAUUGAAAGCUAACUCCCAGAAUGAUGGAUCGAAAUAAGACAAUCUUGGGGUAAUAAACUACAUUCUUAAAAGAACUCAUACAAUCUCGUUAGUUUGAUUUCUACUAUUUGUGAUAUAGCAGCCUCUCGUCAACUGACAAGAAUUGUUACAAAUGGCUCUACAGGUGGCUCUACAGGUGGCUCUAACUCCUCCUCUGAGUCCUGCAAGACACCAGUAGCUGCCAGCAAUGAAGUCAUCAUCACAAUCAACGAUGACGACGAUUGCAAGGUGCCGUUGUUGUCUUCAGAAAAUGAGGGUUCAUCCGCUGAAGUGAUCUACGUUAGGGACGAUUUGACGACAGAAAGAGAUGAAGACAAUGCUAAAGAGCGAUCAGGUGAUUGA